AUAAAAUUUCUCUAUAAACAUAUCAUUGUUAAUAGUUAUGUUAUUACUUGAAAGUAAAGAUGUGAAUGUGACAAGUAAAUACCAUGAUAAAAAAUAUUAUUUCAUGGACAAUCAAUGCCAUACUUGUUUUCUUUUCCCGCUCCUAAGAGCUCAAAAUCUGUUCAUGAAUAAUUUGAUAGUGUGUGUGAGGCAUCCAUAUAAGCGUCAUAUUAGUAAGACACUCCAAUUGUUGUAUAGAGUAAUUUAGAAUUUAGAUUUAAUAAUACUUCGAGAAAAAAGAAUGUCGUGUUGCGGUGGAAAUGAUGAAGAAGAACAAAGACCGCAACCAACUCGCGUACGAGGAUGCACGGAUAUUUUCUGGAUGUGCUUUUUUAUAGCAUUUUGGUUUCUUAUGAUUUUAAUAGCAGCUUUUGCAUUGGUAUAUGGUAAUCCUUUACGCCUUAUAAAUGGAUAUGAUAGUUUUGGAAAUACAUGCGGUAUGAAAAAUAAUCCAAAAUUUGGGAGCAUGGAGCUUUUUGGACAAGACACUAGUGACAAACCAUACUUAUUUUUCCUUGAUGUAAAGAAUGUAUCACAAUCUUUAAAAAUUUGUGUCAAAAAAUGUCCUGAUAGAACUAUGAUAACUAUGGAUGAUAUAUGUCAAUUUUAUAAAGAAACAGGUUCUCAGUUAUGCCAUGAUAAACCAGGAAAUGAUUUUAGUGCUUGUAGUACUGGAAUUAAUAAGCACAAUAAAACAGGAUCUUGUCCUGAACUACCUGUUUACAAUAGCAUUCCAAUACUUAAUCGCUGUAUCCCAAAGGCUGUUCAAGAUGUAGGAGAAACAAUUAUUUCUAAUUUAUAUGGACUCAUUAAUUCAUGGGAUGUGAUUGAACAAAUAUUAGGUGAUCUAUAUAAAACUUGGAGAGAAAUCUUAGCAUUAUCCUUUUUAGCUUUUGUACUGUCCCUUUUCAUGAUUGCCAUCUUUCAUUUAUUGGCAAGUAUUGUAACUUGGAUAGUAAUGAUCCUUGUCAGCAUUGCAUCAGUAGCUGGAACAGGAUUAUUAUGGUGGACAUAUAUAGGAAUAAAAAGAACAUUAGAUAAGACUGAUCCAAAUCAACUUUUAGAAGAAUCGGUUAGAAAUGAAAGAGCUUUUUUAAUAUUUUCUAUUAUAGCAACAAUAAUAACUAUUAUACUAUUGUUACUUGUUUGUGUGUUACGUAAACGUAUUAGUUUUAUGACAGCAUUAUUUAGAGAAAGUGCAAAAUGUUUAGGAGAACUACCUGGUUUAUUUUUCCAACCAUUAUUGACCUUUACAGCUUUGAUUCUAUUCUUUGCUUUUUGGGUUACAGUCAUUCUGUGUCUUGCUACAGCUAAUUAUCCAGGAACAAAAUCAGUUCAAAUGUAUAAAAAUCAUAUAUUUGAUCCUCUGAAUUUAAGUUCUCUUGGAGAAAAAAAUAUCUUGGUACAAGAAGAAAAAUUAAGCAUUUCUAUACAUAAAUUUAAAACAUUUACACUUGUUGAAUAUGUUGAUGCAACUUGGGUGAAAUAUAUGUGGUGGGUUUAUAUAAUAGGUUUGAUAUGGACAUCAGAAUUUAUAAUUGCUUGUCAAGAUAUGGUAAUAGCUGGUGCAGUUGCACAUUGGUAUUUCAGAGAUAAGGAUGCAAGCUUAUCACCAGUAUGUUCAGCUAUUGGAAACUUAAUUAGUUAUCAUUUGGGUUCAGUUGCUUGUGGAUCAUUCUUAAUAACUCUUUUUAAAUUACCUCGCCUUAUUUUGACAUAUUUUCACAAGAAGUUUGAGAAGAACAAAGAAACCUCUCCAUGUGCACAAUGUGGUCUUAAGUGUUGUAUUUGUUGUUUUUAUUGUUUAGAGAAGUUUAUUAGGUAUAUGAAUCAUAAUGCAUAUACAGUUAUUGCCAUAGAAGGAACAAAUUUUUGUAAUGCUGCUAGAAUAGCUUUCAAAACAAUUGUUGAUAAUGCUCUACAAGUAGCUGUAAUUAAUAGUAUAGGAGAUUUUAUCUUAUUCUUGGGAAAAUGUUUUGUCACAGCUGCUACAGGAAGUGUUGGAUUACUCUUCAUGAGGCAAGAUCCACGAUUGCAUUUUUAUGCGGCACCAAUUUUUAUUACUUGCAUUUUUGCAUUUUUUAUUGCCCAUUGCAUUAUCUCUUUAUACGAGACUGUUAUAGACACUCUGUUUUUAUGUAUAUGUGAAGAUAGAAAUUUGGGUGGAGAAAAUGGAAAAUGGCGUCAGUCUCCAUUGGCGCACAUUGGAUCAGAUGUUAACACGAAUGGUCAACAAUCUCAUGAAUUAUCACCAAUGAAUACAUAAACACACCUUUUAAUAUUAGUAUUAAUUUAUCUUGCAAUUCUUCCAUAGCUUAUUCAAAUGUCUUUCAGGUAUAUUUUUUCUAUUAUCAUUUCUUGUUACAAUAUAUAGUUAUACAUUCCAGUAUUUUUUUUAUUUUAUGAAAACUACAUAUUGUUUAUAGCGAUAAUUUCAAUUACAAAUAUGUCUUAUGCAAUAUAGAUCAGUAAUAGAAUUUUAAAUAAUAUAUUAGAUAUAUAAUUUUAAAAUAAUGUGAAUGUAAAGUGAAAUUUAUAAUGAUAUAUAUGAAUCAGAAUCAAUCAAGAGAAAUAUUUUUGAGAUGCAUUAUAUGCUUAAUAUGAGAUUUUUUUAUCUAUACAAUGACGCUAUAGUCAUACAUGAUGUUAUAUGAACAACAAAUUUUUAUAAGAUAGAUAUACAAAUUUAAGUUUACAGACAGUUUUAUUAAUAUAAAAUGAGGCUUUAGAUUUGUGUGACUAAUGUGAACUUCAUAAAGAAUAUGCAUUUAUAAAGAAGUUAUAUGUUUUAUAUAUAUUAGAAUGAAAUAUUUUUAAAAAAUUUAUUUUUAUGGUAAAAUUAAUCUAUGUUUUAAAGAAAUAUAUUAUGUACCUAUAGUGCUAAUAUGGCUACUAAAAUAUGAUUUACAUAAGUGCCAUUAAAUUUAUACAAAAAGAAUUAUAAUUAUUGUCAGUAACAUUGGAAUCGAACUUUAUGGUAUAUUUAAUAUGAAUUUAUAUAUAAACUUAUACUUUUUAUGCAAGAUGUAUCAUGUAAUUCAUAUAAGCAUAAUACUUCAUCUUUAGUUACUAGUAUUUUGAAGUACUAGUUCCUUACAAAUUAUAGAUAUUAAAUAUAUCUCUAACGCACAUUUAA